AUGGAUGAGAAACAACCCAAACAAAAGAAAACCCCACUGCCGCAACCGCAGCAUUCAUUGCCAAAACGUACCUCCAGCCCUGGAAUCGAUACCUACUUGCGAGCCGUUCAGGGUGACAUUCAGGGAAGUUUAACCAAUACCGUGCGACAGAACACUCGACAAACAAAAUACAAUGAAUUAGAAGUUGGUGCAACGCCAGUAAUGCUCGCUGCUUAUACUAGAUACAGUCCUGGGCCCCUUGCGAACCAACAAGUUCCGAAACUCUAUCGCGAGCACGUACAUCGUUUUCGCACCGAGCCUCUACCAGCAAUUAACCCUUUUGAGCUGCAAGGCGCCAACCAGCCCACCCGUACGACGCUUCCCGCAGAUGCCAACCAGACCACGAAAGCAGAAUCCCGAUUCACUUACUAUGUUCAACUGUUUACUUCGAAACUGACCAACUUACUGCUUGGUAUUCUGGCUGGACUUGCUUUGGCAAAUACCAUUCUCUGCUCCGUGUUUCUUUGGCCGGGCCAAACAACUGAAAAUAACGCACUUCAGGCAGCCUACGUUUACUCCCAGGCCGCGGAGGGCAUUUCGAUCACGUUCUUUAUCCUGCUUGUCGUGAUCGGGAUCGGCAUUCUCGACAGAUGUGAUGUUUCCCGGCCAGCCAGAGAUUGUUUCAGUGGUUGUUUUGCUCUUCAGGUUGGUCAAAACCCAUUGAAAAUUUUUGGUGUGGGAAUGGUUUAA